GCCACAGAGCGCGCGGUGCCGGGGGCCGGGGCCGGGGCUCGGUGCGGCAGUGAAACCCAGCCAUCCGUCCAAUCGAACCACCACCAAGUCCCGAGCCCAAGCAGCCAGCAGUGGGCGGCGGGCGACCCCGGGAAACCAGGGCGCAGGCAGCAUCCGGGGCUGGGGGCUGAGUUCAAAACAGAAACAGGCGGGCUAUUUGUCUCGGCGCCCGCAGGGAAUCCCGAUGCGCGGAGGCUGAAAGCUGAAGCGCAUGCAUGCCAGCCCGCGCCUCCCACCCGGCGCUUGCCACCUCGCGCGCGCGCGGUUGGCCGCGCCUGCGCGCCCUCGGCAUCGCCCCCGACGGGGGGCGUUGGCGUUGCCUCCCCCACUUUGCACCCAUUUCAGAGCCCGCCCGACACUUGUCACCGCGCGCCCCCGCCUCCGCGUCUCCGCCCGCCCGCCCCCAUCCGGCUAUAAAAGCCUCGCCCUCUCCAACCCUAGCCGCCGCUGCCGCUGCCGCCGCCGCCGCUACCUCCUCCCUUCCUUCCUUCUCCGCUCGUCGUCGUUCUACCGGCAUGGCCGGCAUUACCAAGCGCCGCACCUCCCCGGCCUCCACCUCCUCUUCGUCCGGCGACGUCUUGCCGCAGCGGGUCACCCGGAAGCGUCGGUCCGCCCGCCGCGGGCCCCGGAGCACCGCCCGUAGGCCGUCGGCGCCUCCACCUAUGAAUGAACUGGACUUGAAUACAGCUGCUCUUGAUCCGGAUCAUUAUGCUACAGGAUUGAGAGUUCUUCUUCAGAAGGAGCUCCGAAAUAGCGAUGUAAGCCAGCUUGGGAGAAUUGUUCUCCCAAAGAAGGAGGCGGAGUCUUACCUCCCUAUUCUGAUGGCAAAGGAUGGAAAGAGUUUAUGCAUGCAUGACUUGCUAAAUUCACAACUGUGGACCUUCAAGUAUAGAUAUUGGUUCAACAACAAAAGCAGGAUGUAUGUGCUUGAAAAUACCGGAGAUUAUGUAAAAGCUCAUGACCUUCAGCAAGGAGACUUCAUCGUGAUCUACAAGGACGACGAGAACAACCGCUUUGUCAUAGGAGCAAAGAAGGCAGGAGAUGAGCAGACCGCCACUGUACCUCAAGUCCAUGAACACAUGCACAUCUCUGCCGCACUGCCAGCUCCACAAGCGUUCCAUGACUAUGCAGGCCCCGUCGCAGCAGAAGCUGGUAUGCUCGCGAUCGUGCCACAGGGUGACGAGAUAUUCGACGGCAUACUGAACUCCCUGCCGGAGAUACCAGUGGCGAACGUGAGGUACUCCGACUUCUUCGACCCGUUCGGUGACUCCAUGGACAUGGCGAAUCCGCUGAGCUCCUCCAAUAACCCCUCGGUCAACCUGGCUACGCAUUUCCAUGACGAGAGGAUCGGGAGCUGCUCGUUUCCCUACCCAAAAUCCGGGCCUCAGAUGUGAGAUCCGGGCAGAAAAACUGCCGCGGUCAAAACCAUCAUCCCCUGCGUGGAACUCAGAGAUCCCCUGGUUGACGCCAUUGCUGUACAUCCAAAUAAAUGGCGUCCUCAUUUUGUAUGUUUAGUAGUAUAUGAUUGGGUACGCGUGUUGUUUAUGUGUAAAAGGGUAACUCUGCAAAACUGAACUGAGCGUUACAUCAGAUGCAACGCUGUGACGACUGACGAGGAGGCAGGCUCUGGUGUUUCCUGUCCUGCACCCUGUGAAUGUGUGUGCAGGUACAUAAACGAAAGACAUCCUGUGCAUUAGCAUUA